CUUUUCUAUGUCUCUCUGGAAGCAGACGGCCGCGCCUUGACCAUGUGCAACAGGAACGAGAACAGCAAUAGGAAGUGUCUAACCUGGAUUCCGUCCUUCCAUCCCGUCUGUUGCGUUUUGUGGUUCACGAUCGGGUUCUCGAUCUUCACGACGAGUUUAUUGGCCGGAUCCAUGCUCACCGAGCGGUGGGAGAUCAUCACGUUUCACCGCGAAACCGUGAACGGCUUGGCUCGUUCGUAUAAUCUCUCCUCCAGCCUCCGAUGGGUCCUGGACGGCAAAGUGGGGAUUCUUCGCCUUCGGAAUACUUCUUUUUUCUUCGUCCCGAUGAACGGGGGUGUUUGGACCCUAUGCUCCGAUCUCGACGAGGAGGAGAAGAAAGUGCUUUGGAAGGAGGGCUGGAUGAAUGCUGACAGAUGCGUCAAUUAUCUUCACCCGGAUCACAGGCUCAAAGAUGAACAUCGCACGGAUCGAGUGAAGCGUCUGCAGAACCUGAGCAUCUCAUGUGCCCUGGUCUGUUUGAUCCUCCUCGGGGCAUCCGGAGUCGUCGGGGGAUUCGGCAUCCUCAGGCAGGGGAACCCCGCCAUCCUCAUAACUGGCAUCAUGUACCUCCUGACCGGGGGAUUCGCCGUGUCGACGUUGGGGAUGAUGAGCGUGAAGCGUUUGGGAAAGUUCGACUGCGGAUACCUGGACGAACAAGUGCCAGCCGCUUUCUACGACUCGCGACUCUUCGCCCUCGGGUGGAGUUAUCAUCUGGCCUGGUUCGGCGUCGCUCUCUGCCUUUCCACUGCUCUCCUCUGGUUCCUCCUCGCUCGCAUCGCCCGACUCACCACUUUCUCCAUCAUAACCUAAUCCCUUCCUCCUUCAAUUUUUUACGCUACUUGAAAGAAGGCCUUCUCCAGCCACUCCCUGAAAGAGGCGUCCCAAG